AUGUCAUCAAGUGAUGAGUAUGAAAAUACCAGUGACCAUGAGCCCGAUGUUGAAAGUGAACAGAUUGGUGGAAAAUCGAGCAAGGUCUCAAAUGAGCGAAAAUUUUUGCAGUAUUUUCAAACCGCUUCCAAGAAACUUUCAGAUGGUGGCAAUGAUCCACAGGUUCCUAAACAUGUAAAAAAACGUACAGCCUGGAACUAACAAGAAAAGAGUGCAGCAAGACCCUCACUUUUGCUUGGUCUGUAAUAAGACGAUUUGCCGUGGUAAUCAAGCAUCAAAGGAAAGACAUGCUGCUUUAAACCACAAAAAUGAUCCUGGCUUCAACCUCUCAAAAUCAAUUGUUCCAAUAAAUCAUCAAGCAGCUGUUGCAGCGAAAAGGAAGAAAGAAGAUAGCACAUUGUGUGAAAGUGAAGACACAGAGGAAGUAAUGGAAAUAGAAAAUUCUUCUGACAAUUCAUCUUCUGGAAAUGUAAGUCUCGUUCAAGUAACAACCACGCAAUUUGGAAGCAAACGUCCUAUACAAUCAACUCUUAAUUUCACUUCUGAAGAAAAUUUUAAGCAAGCAAGUAGAGUUUGUGGUGAUGACAUUUCAGUGAUUCACAAUAAAAUAUAUUGACAAGCUUCAAGAACGGAUGGAGAUAACUCCUUCAGAAAACAAGUUUAUGUACAACGGCGAAACUGAAGCGGCAGUAAAGAUUUUAAAGGAAUCUUCUUGUCUUUCAGACAUUGAUGGCUCCGGUUUUAACUUCUACCCUGAUACUUUUGGAGGUGGAAUUGUCAGAUGCGAAGCAUGUUUUGAGAUGAUAUGUGACAGCAGUCCUGCUCUACUGGACAAAGAUCCAUUACAAGUUCAACGAAAGAUGGAGAAAUCUCCAGGAAAUACAUUAGGAGCUGGAUUAAUGAUUCAAAAGGAAAGAGUGGAAAAGUUGAUGACAGGAGGCAAUCAACCAUGGUAUAGCUUUAAAAACAUGAUGCUAGAACAUGCAAGCUGUACAACAAGAAAUGGAGGGGAUGCACACUACAGAGCACUUAUUGCCCGAAAAAGGCGACGUGUUAUCAAAGAAAGGUCGAUGGAUGUAUUGUGUAGUCAAUUAAAGUCAGCUCUCCUUACAGUCAAAAUAAAAGCUGCAUCACUACAUUACGAAAAUGUCAUUGGCUUAGUUCAUAGUUGCGGUUCGGAUGUUGGGAACUUGGGUCAUGGAAGAAUUCAAAUGAAAGCCAUGGUUCAAGCUUUUGAAUGCUAUUAACACAAGCGAACACGCGAUCUCCUCACUACGCCUUUACCAUCAACAGGACUGCCACCACCACACUUUGGAACUACGUCAGACAAGUCUACUCCAAUUCACGUUUCAAAUCACGCCAUAAUGAUCCUAGUAAUAGUAAAUGGCAUGAAGACAGCCAUUCCAUCGAUGCUCCGCCUGUGUACUCAUUUUCUGAAGCAGGCCUUAAAGGAGGGACAGCUGACGAAUUAGCGGAACAGGUGAUCUCUGCCCUGGUUAAAACCUUGAAGCUUCCAAAUAAUGCUUUGUCAUCGUUGAUGGCCCAUCAAGCUGAUGGUCAGUACCAGGCAAGAAUGUUUCUUCAAACGUUGAAAUCAUCUGCACAAGGGGACAACGAAGAGGACCUGCCAGUUGGUCAUGAUAUCUUUUUCGUUAUACCCUGGGAUACUGCCCACUGGAUGGAUCUUUGUAUGGUGGAUAUUCGUGAGAGUAGCGAGUUCUUACGGCGCUUCAUCAAAAGAGCAAACCAAUUCAAUACGAUGUAUGGCAGAGGAAAGGGGCAUGCUGAAUACUAG